AUGCAACCUCCUACUGAUGUUUCAGGAAUUAAGAGACUGUGUGGCAUGGUUCAGUACAUGGCGAAGUUCCUUCCAGACCUUUCUACCAUAAUGGAGCCGCUCAGAGAACUUACUCGCAAAGAUAAGGCAUGGCAUUGGUCUAAAGACUGUGAAGCAGCAUUUCAGAGGAUCAAGAUGAUGCUUACAGAAACUCCUGUACUAGCUUACUUUGACCCUGGGAAGGAAGUAGUAGUACAAGUGGACAGUAGUAAAGACGGCAUUGGUGCAGUUCUCCUUCAAGACGGUAGACCAGUGGAGUAUGCAUCUAGAUCACUGACAGUGUCAGAGAGAAACUGGGCACAAAUCGAGAAAGAAGCGUUAUCUGUGUUAUACGGUCUGGAACGCUUUGACCAAUAUACAUAUGGCCGAAAUGUGACGAUACAGAAUGACCAUAAACCAUUAGAGGCCAUCCUGAAGAAACCUCUUGCAAUGGCACCGAAGCGACUACAGGACAUCAUGAUGAGAUGGAACCGGUACGAUUUUAACUUUGUGUAUGUCAAGGGAACUAACCUUACAAUUGCAGAUACAUUGAGUCGCGCAUAUCUGAAGAGUGAGGAAGGUAAUUUUAGUGAGAGACUAAGAAUCAUGGCAUUGAAAAGUGACGAACCAUGUGACAUUCCUGAUGCUCGACUUAGUGAAAUAAAAGAAGCAACAGAGAGUGACGAGGAAAUGCAAAUUCUCAAGGAAACUGUGAUGAACGGGUGGCCGGAGCAGAAACAAGAAACGCCACAGAGAAUCCUACAUUACAUUGAUUUUAGAGACACUAUAUCAUACAGUGAUGGACUUAUGCUCAAAGGGGAAGCUGUAAUAAUCCCUAAAUCUUUGAGGAGUGAAAUAAAGGCCAGACUUCACAAGGCUCACUUUGGAUAUGAUAGCAUGCUGAGAAGGGCAAGAGGAACAAUAUUUUGGCCAGGAAUGAAUUCAGAUAUCAAACAGUUGGCUGAUUGUUGCUCAAUAUGUCACGAGAGAAAACCAAGGAACCAAAAUGCUCCAUUGAUGCAGCAUGCAGAAGGAUCUACUCCAUGGCAGAAAAUAGGACUUGACCUGUUUGAGCUGAAUGGCAAGCAUUAUUUGAUUGCAGUUGACUAUUUUUCUAGUUUCAUCGAAAUUGACUUGCUUACAUCUUUGACAAGCUCCAGAGUAAUAGCUUUACUCAAGAAACAAUUUGCUCGAUUUGGAAUUCCAAAUGUAAUCAUGUCUGAUGGAGGACCACAGUUCGUAAGCCAAGAAUUCCAAGAUUUUGCAAAGAAGUGGGGUAUCACUCACAUGACAUCAUCGCCUAUGCAUCAACAAGCCAAUGGCAAGGCCGAGUCAGCUGUAAAAAUCAUGAAGACUUUGUUAAGAAAAUGUGAAGCGGAGAAGACUGAUCCUUAUGAAGCAAUUCUUGAACAAAGAAAUACACCAAAACAGGAUACUGGUAUUAGUCCUGCAGAUAUCAUGUUUAACAGAAAAGUGCGUGGCAUGAUUCCACAUUUUCCACAGAAACUGGAGAAACCAGAAAGUGAUGCAUUCAUCAGGAAGAGGAAUCAGCGCAGACAGACAGUAAAGAAAUCGUUUUACAAGAAGUCUCGCGAGCAGAGUGAAUUGGACGUUGGUCAAGCAGUAUUCUUCCAGCAUCUAGAGGGACGCAACUGGAAACUCGGAAAAAUCAAUGGUAUUCUUGGACCAAGGACAUACAUCGUCAAGGACCAGAACGGAACCACUGAUCGUAGAAACAGAAUUCAUUUGCGACCUACCACAGUUAACUUCUACAGUCGUGACCGCUCACCGAUGCGUUCAGUCCCAGAUGAUGAUACAGAGGGCAUACAGAGACACUUUGUAACAGACUCUAAGCCAGUGAACAAUCCGAACUCUACUGUUAGCGGAAGCGCACCAGAAACACCGUCCGUUGAACUUACCGUACCAACGCAAAAUGAACCACUCCGUGAAGGAAGACCUGUUCGCGAAAGGAGAAAACCAGCCUAUCUGAAAGACUAUAUUACUGGUUAA